GGAGCGGUCAUGUGACCUGCGCCGCUGCUCAGUCACAACAACGAUGGCGACGAUGAAGAAGCGGAGCUGCAGAGUUUCUUCUCUCAUUUUUCUGUUUUCUGCCUUCAGUUUGUCUGAAAGUUUGUUCAGCGGAGGAGAAACUUUCAAGAGGAAGGUGACAGUAGAGUUGAACCCCGGCGGGGAGGCGCCUCCUGGUGGCGACCUGCUGCACGCGAGAGCCGUGGGAGACAACGACACGCUGCACUUCCUGUUCUGCAGCCUGGGGGCGCCAACGCUGCUGCUGGUCCACACCAACACGACUUCUUCUACUGUCAAGGUGAACUGGACUCAGUUUUUGAAUCCUAACAUCAGCGGCGGCCUGAAGGUGGAGCCAGAGAGCAGCGUCCUGUACAGCAACUCCGUCGUCUUCAGCAGGCUGUUGGAGUACAACGACGUGAACGACACGGCCGAGGUGACCUCUGACCUCUUCCCUCCGUACGAGCUGCAGGACUUCACGUGGUCUCGUCUCAACCUGUCGGAUUUUACCGCUCGGCUCUGCGGCGUCGCUGAAACCUUCACCAACGGGUCACUCUGCCUGCAGCUGUCUGUAUUUGAGUCGGAGGGGCGUGAUCAGCCCUGGCCCAGUUUGCUGCACACUGCUAACUCCUCCCAGUUGGGGGUGUGGCUUGAUGGUGUGUUGCCACGGGCGACUCGUUCCAGGUUCCUAUUGGAGCUGCGGGCAGUGGGCGGGGCUUAUCCUCUGAACACAGUGGAGGUUCAUCGAUCGAUUGACGACGAGUACACACCGUCAAUAUUCCAGGUGUCUCGGUGGGUGUCGGCGGUGAACAGCAGCUCAGAUGUCGGCGGGUUUGUUCAGUGGAAGCCGGUGGCGUACCGGCGCUCCGCUCCAGCUCUCGAGGACGCCACACCGUGCCGUCACUCGGAGCCGCAGCAGCGGAGCGGCGAGGCGGCGGCGUCAUCGUCCCGUCUGAUCCGAGCGUUCUACACACAACCGGAAACGUUCGGACUCAAUGUGAGCUUCGGCCUCGCAGGAGAACCGUUCUACAACAGCACCAGGUUCCUCAGCUGGACAGUGCUGGUGGGCGUCGGCUCUCCUCCCAUUGACUCAUUCUCACCGCUGGUCCUCGCCAUCAUGGCGGUCGGUUUGGGAACUCCCAUGAUCCUCCUGCUGCUGGGCGGAGUCUGCGUCUGCGUCCGGAAGAGGGCGGCGGCCUCUUCGACAGUCUACGAGCCAAUCAACUGACAGCAGAGUCCCGACCAAUGAGAGGACAGAGACAGUUUUAAAUUUAAAGUUUGUUUUUUAAAGACUCGCUGGUUGAACUGAUGAAGGUGAUGUCACUCACCUGAAGACCCGCCUCUGACAGUCCGAUCAGCCAAUCAGAAUCCAGGAGAUGUUUUUUUUUUUUUUACCUGUUUCAUUUUUUUCCCCAGAGAUUUUUAAUAACUCGUGUUGUAUCAUUAUUAUUUGAAAUAAGUGGCAAAAUUUUCAUGAUGACAUCAUCUUUAAGAUGAGCCUGUGACGCUCCAGUCAGCCAAUCAGAACCCACACGACAACAGUUGUUUAGUUUUUAAAGGUUAGAAAGCUGCUGACAGAUCGACUCGUUAGUUUUGAUGUUUUGAAACUGAUCGAUUUGACUGAUUUUUGUCUCAAGUAGGAUUCAAACCUUUUUUUUUUUUUUUUACAAUAAAACUAAUUAUUCAGAUUAUUAAUUAUCAUUAAAUCCAAACAUCUGAGACGAUGAGAAAAUCAGAAAAUGUAUCUUUAUUUCACUUAAAGUUGCAAAAACAACAACUAAUGAAUAAGUGACGAUGAUUUCAUGGAUUCAUUGAGCAGGAAACUCUUCAUUAAUGUCGACCUUCAUACAUUAAUUUAUAUAUUUAUUAUAUUUCCUGCAUUAAUGAAUCCAUGAAAUCAAGUUUUAUUUUUACUUUAACGUGUUUUAGUAAGGUCUGUUUAGCAGUAGUUCCUGAGCUUUCGAUCGUAAUGCCGGAGGAAGCUCGCGGUUUCAAACUGUUUCAAGCUGUGAGAUGAAACUAAAGAAAUGUGACAGUUUUUCUCUGAACGCUUUAAACACUUAACAGCGAUUCUUGAAGCAGCAUCUCUGAAACCAUCAACACUCGUAGUCGAUGCAACUUUGUCAAAACUGGAAGCGCUUCUUCCUCUGCUUUACGCUCGGUUUGCAAUUUAUUGACAAACUUCUAGCAAAACUGUAAACGCUGGUCUCCACAUCGCUGCGCUAUUUUGCCAAGUUGUCUUCCAACACUGACACAUGAAAACACUUUUAGAUGACGAGUUGGAACACUAUAAAUAGAUCACAGGUCAACAUUUGGUUUGGACAACAAUGGAGGCAAAUAUUGGACAGAGAAUAAGAGGGAUGCUGUUGUUUGAGGAGUGUUUUUCCCCCUUAUUGGUAUUGAUAAUAUGUUUGGAAUACACAUCUGGAUACCCGUG